CUUUUCUGUCACUGCGGGCGCUGAAACGCAAAACCUUUCUUGGAAACUGAUUCCAGGAACCUCCGUCAGCCCAGAUGAACUGAGCUGCUUUCUGCUUUGCUGGAUAAAGAGCUCUCACUCCGGCUGCAGCCUCAGUCGGACCUCAGCUCUGCACCGGAGACACACACGGACACAUUUUCUCAUUUUGUGGGUCCUCAGCAGAGACUUUUUAAGGAAUGUUUAAUGUCGCUGCCACCCGAGACUGGUGCGACAUUUGAAUAUUCAUACUGGACUUUUCUUCAGCCGGUUUUCAAACAAGCCUUAUGAUUUUUCUGGAUUUAAGGCCUCUUGUCAUUCAGAAAUGGUUGCCCGGGCAGUGACCAUUUUCCAUCAUGAGGAACGAGGAAGUUCGUGCUGCCCACAUCCAUCGCCUCCACAGUGGGAUCCAGCAGAGGACCUCCGCUGCAUCGCUGCCACCUUCCAGUAUCUACACACCUCAGGUUGGUACUGGGGUUCUGUUUCAGCGAGUGAAGCUCGGGAAGCUCUCCUGACCAAAUCUGAAGGUACAUUCCUGGUACGGGACAGCAGCCACCCUCAGUACAUGCUGGCUCUGUCAGUAAAAACCCGCUAUGGACCCACCAGUGUGCGUAUCGAGUACAACAGGGGCUGUUUCUGGCUUGACUCCAUUUCCCCUGGACUGCCUCACCUGCAGUCCUUCCCAGACGUCCCCAGCCUCAUACAGCACUACUCUGGCUCUGGCCAGACCCCACAGGACCAGGCGUCCAGUGACAUUCUCCCCCAAAACAAGCCCGACGCUGCACAGCAUGCAGCUAAAGACAGUGGAGUCCCUCUGAAGCUGACAAAUCCCUUACACAGACUGAAAGUUUUCCCUUCUUUGCAGCACCUGGCUCGCCUCACCAUCAACAGACACACAAACUGCUCCAACCAGCUGCCCCUCCCAAAUCCUCUGCUGCGCUACCUGCAGGACUACCCUUUCUCUAUAUGAGGAUCUCAGUCCCUCGGACACAAACACAGGGUCAGGGUUACACGGCAUGCUGGGAAUCUGGGACAGUUUGACACCACAGGCAGCAGAGGAUAGUCCACAAGGAGGAAACUGUAAUGAUUUAAACCUCAGUGUGACCUCGCUGCUCAUGAAUGAGCGCAGUCUUACUGCAAUGCUGUCAUAAUUUAAAUCAUUUUGAAUGUCUGCUUCAGCUACUGUGAAAUGUCAACAUGCUUUUUUAUGACCAUUUACCACCAGUGAGUAGAGUGAGUGGCCCCUGAACCAAUCCUCUAAGGUGUUUUCCAAAAAGGCAGCCCCGACCUAUAAAUGAAUGAACCAGUUGAAAAGUAGCAACUGUUUGCUUUGCUGUUCCUGCAGAGAUUACAUAGGAAAUAAUUUGGGUUUUGUGUCUUAAGAUCUUUGUUUUUUUUCUGCAUUGGAGUUCAAGAGGCAGGGGAUGUGGGUUACUCUUUGAACAGAGCAAUGUUUAUUCACGCUUCACUAAAUCAAUGAACCUCAUGAACCAUGGCUGUUAACAGUGAGCUCCUGUAACACCUGGAACUCCUGCACAUAACUGUGGUCAUGACAAAGUCACAGAAAUGCUUUAUGACAUGCUUCUGCCUUUUGUUAUAUUACUUUCUAUUAUGUAUGGUGAUACAUUUUGAUAAUUGCACAAAAAUACAGCAAGACAGGUGGGCUACAAGAGGACUGUCACCAUAAUAACUCUCUUUAUUCUUCAUGACUGUAUUUUAUUGUACAUAUUCAAAUCCAAUCCAUCCAAAAUGAUUGUAGUCAGGCUGUUGCUACAUGAACUGCAAGCUGGGGGGUUAAGUGGUUGUCCAGUCAUUCUGAAAGACAAACUAAAAAACAGAAUACAGUCUGCAUUUUGUGCAGUAUCUCCUGAUGUAAAAUCAGAUAUAAACAAUGAAAACUAAAGCCAGUAGAGGACAUCUUUUUUUGCAAACUGGCUUUAUUCUUAGAAGGGGAUCUUUGGAAUUCAGAGAAAAAAUCACCAGAAAUGUUUUGUCUUUGCAAAGUGUUUUUUUUUUCUCCGCUUUUGAUUGAAUGAAUGUGAGGUAUUACUGUUUUCAUGGAAAUGCUUCUGAGUUGGUUUCCACGAGUUGGAACUGAGCAGUGCUGAGAAAGCCUCUUAUCUGGAUUAGGGUAAGAGCUGCAGUUAUUAAUACACUGCUGUGCCAACUGAGAA